AGACGUGGAACAGGAUCUGUCACAGCCGCUGCAUCCCGACUGCUUCUGUUCACCUAUUUGUGUAUUUUUAUCUGUAUUUAAGCUGAUUUUGAGAACAGUAGCACGAUAUUUAGGUGGUGUGGUGGUGUGGAUGUGAUCGGGCGGUUGUUAGAUGGAGAUCCGUGCUGGUUGGGGUGAUGUGAGAUAAACAGCUGUGCAGUCGAGCUAACGGCUAACGUGUGUGUGUGUGAGUGUGUGUGUGUGAGUGUGUGUGAGAGAGUGUGUGUGUGUGUGAGUGUGUGUGAGUGUGUGUGUGUGUGUGACUGUUUAUAUUCUUCUGUACUGAUAAUAAUGCAAAUAUAUGCAAACAGAAGUGUAACUGUUCUAUAAACAAGUAGUUAAUGAGAUCAGUAUCGUCAGUGCACGAUGUUAUAACGAGUUUAGCGUUAUAAUCAGUCAGACAUCUGCUUCAGAGUCCUGUCGGUUCGAUAUCAAAACCGGUUUGAUCCAACCAGUUCGAUCUAGUUGGUGACUGGUUAGAUCUGAUUAAUAGUUUGUUAUCAGUUCUGGGGAUUUUUUUAGGUAAUUUUUAUUGACUUUAAUUGGCCACCAUUUGUUUGAUCCAAUUUCUGCUUCAGUACAAUCGUUAGUUUGGUGUAAAUAACGGUUUAAUCUCAUCUCUGGUUCGGUAUCAUCACCAGUUCGAUCUUGCUAUUGGUGUAGACUAAUCUCUGGUUCGGUAUCAUCACCAGUUUGAUCUUGCUAUUGGUGUAGACUAAUCUCUGGUUCGGUAUCAUCACCAGUUUGAUCUUGCUAUUGGUGUAGACUAAUCUCUGGUUCGGUAUCAUUACCAGUUUGAUCUUGCUAUUGGUGUAGACUAAUCUCUGGUUCGGUAUCAUUACCAGUUUGAUCUUGCUAUUGGUGUAGACUAAUCUCUGGUUCGGUAUCAUUACCAGUUUGAUCUUGUUAUUGGUAUAGACUAAUCUCUGGUUCGGUAUCAUUACCAGUUUGAUCUUUUAUUGGUACAGACUAAUCUCUGGUUUGAUAUCAUCAGUGGUUUAAUACUGUCACCAGUUUAAUUUAAUUAAUGGUUUGGUCUACUUGCUUGGUGGUUUGACUGGUUUAAUUAAAUUAUUGUGGCGUAAAUGUAGAUCAACUCUAUUUUCACCAACUCGAGCCACUGAACACUCGGUUUGGUUCUUUCGAUCCGAAUAACCACAGUAGUUCAGUAUCAUCACUGGUUUGAUCUAACCUGCUGGGGUACUACCAUCACGGCUGCUGCGAUGGCACCCAUGGGUAUCCGUCUGUCCCCUCUGGGAGUGGCGGUCUUCUGCUUGCUCGGACUUGGCCUCCUGUAUCACCUCUACUCCGGCGUCCUGUCCAACAGGCUGUCAGUCUUCCGUCAGAAGAAGACGGUGGAUCUGCGCGACCUGCUGGCUCUGUCCAUAGAGGCGGCCACGCAGGGAGGGUGGGAGGUGAAGCGGAUCCGUAUGGAGGACACGCUGGAGGAAAAGUCCAAGGGUAAAACGAAAGAGGGGGCCGUGGAGAAGCUCACGCUCGGAGAUCUGAACUCGCACCGGAAAAUGUUCUACCUGAUCAGAAACACCUACCCCUACAUACAGGUGAACUCAGAAGAGCACGAUAACUCUGACGGCGAAGCCACCGUCUGGACCCGUAACAUCCCCGAGGAGAUUCUGACCAAGAUUCCGGUGGGUAAAGAGGUGCCUGCGGAGAGCGUGACUGUGUGGAUCGACCCACUGGACGCUACGCAGGAGUACACAGAGAACCUGAGGAAGUACGUCACCACCAUGGUGUGUGUAGCGGUGAAUGGAAAGCCUGUGGUGGGAGUGAUCCACAAACCUUUCACUGGUUUUACAGCGUGGGGGAUGGUGGGCGCCGGAGCCAACGUGGCACCCCGCGAGUCCUACAACGCCGCCAACCCGAAGGUCAUAGUGUCACGCUCGCACGCUGGCAAAGUCAAAGGCUUCAUUCAGCAGGCGUUCGGGAACAACACCGAGAUCAUACCGGCAGGGGGGGCAGGAUACAAGGUCCUCGCUCUGUUGGACGCCACGGACGAAGAAUACGAGAAGGCCGACAUGUACGUCCACGUCACCUUCAUCAAGAAGUGGGACAUCUGUGCCGGAAACGCCAUCCUGAACGCCGUGGGUGGUCAGAUGACGACGCUCAAAGGAGAGGAGAUCGACUACUCGGGGUCCGAGAAGAACCCGGGCGGUGUGCUCGCCACCGCCAGCCUGGACCACGCGGCCGUGGUGAGGAAGCUGCCGGUCUGGGACGAGAACAAACACUGAGGACGCGGGUCAGUUUUUCAGUUCUGGUACGGACGGACCGAACCGGUGGGACAGACUCGAUGCAGAGAUGAAGACGCUGUAGAGAGCUGGCGGGAGCGGCGGCCGCUCUGUAGCGCUGGGGUAGCGGGUGAUGAUGAGGUGGCUGUGAUGCGUCGUUUACCUUCGUCUGAAUUGUAUCUCCCGGUGGAGCGAUGGACGGGAGGUCGGUGUGGGUGUGGGUGUGGCUGCGUUGUUUGUGAUCCGUCUUUCUGUUAAACCUGAUGUUUAUUUAAGCUGUUACGUUACGUGCAAUGUGAAGAAGGUUAGUUUGGUCAUGUGACUUAGGCGUGAGUGUCAACAUUAAACUUUAAAACACAAAAAUUACCAAAAA